CAGCCUAGCGUGGACCUCGCGCUCGCCGGGCCUCUCUCCCGGGACUAGCGCAGCCCGCGCUUGCCGAGGCUUUGUCAGUCGCCUCCAGCUCCAUCUGCGGGCUGUGGCCGCGCGAGCCUCCGAGCUCGCCCUCCCUGUCCGGCGGUCCUUCCUCCCCCCGACUUGUCCGGGGCAGCGGGAGCGCGAGCGGACCGCCGCGGAGCAUCCUUCGCCCGGCCCCGCCGCGCCACCGCCCAUGCCGCAGCCACUCGGAGGCUGCUACCGCGCGGCCGGAGCCCGCCGCUCGGUAACCUCAGCCUGGCCCCUGCGCGCCGCCCGAGGUGGCCCCGCUGAGCCCCCGGCCCCGGAGCGGGACCCGCGCCCCGCGAUGGCUCGGCUGGCGCCGCGCGGUGCCGGGUGCCCGCUGUCCGCCCGCUGAGACGCGCCCGGCUGGGAACCGGCGGGGCCUUGGCGCUCCCCGGCCGCGCCCUUCCCCCUUCUGAGAGCCGCGCUGCUGCUUCCCGGGGGCGAAGGGACGGGGGACCGAGACAAAGCCCACUUUGUGCGGGGAGUUGGCCGCGGGCGUGGAAUGAGCGCGUCGGCGUGCGCCCCCUCCCCGCGCCCAGCCAGCUGUGAGUCCUGGCUCCCCGGCUCGUCGCGUCAGAGAAAUCGCGCCCCUUCGUCACCCUCCUGUCCGGGGGUCCCAGCUCCGAGCUGAUGCUGCCCGGAGUCGUCCCGGUACCCCCCCGGAGCGCGCGCUGGUGUGAGCGUGCGAGAUUUUGGAGAGGAAUUUGUUCUCCAAGACUCCGACUUGGGGCGCCCGGGUGGUCUGGACACCGGUGCCUUGACCCUCUGUGGCCGCAGGUGUGAGCUGUCUGGCCUCAGUUUCCCUCCGACUUUUCUUGCAAGCCAGACUGCUGCCCGUCAUUGUUCUCGCUGUCAAAUGGGGGAGCUUUGUGAUGGCUGCCAAGUUGAGGUGUGUUCUCUUUAUCCCGUUUUACAAAAAGAACAAAGCCUCUAAGGCUGACCCCGGACAACCACCUCUCUACGCCCUACUUCACGUUGAGGCACUGAUUUUUUUUUUUUUAUUGAGUAGUAUUUUAUUGUACAGGAGCCACGCCCUGGUUUCUUAAAGGCGCCUUGCACUCUGUUUGGCCAUGUGUUAUCUCUGCAGCUGGUGUGUGGGAGGCCUUCUGUGAGCCACCUAUUUUUUCCUGCCUCUUGAUACAUACUCCUACCCUCAUCAAGGAUUCAGGGAUGCCAGGGGGGAAGAAGGUGGUCGGGGGUGGCAGCAGCGGUGCACCCCCCACUGCCGCUGCGGCCCCCUCUGGGGUCAGACGCCUGGAGACCAGCGAAGGGGCCUCAGCCCAGAGAGAUGAUGAGCCAGAGGAGGAAGGGGAAGAGGACCUGCGAGAUGGAGGCGUCCCCUUCUUUGUCAACCGGGGUGGGCUGCCUGUGGACGAGGCCACCUGGGAAAGGAUGUGGAAGCACGUGGCCAAGAUCCACCCCGAUGGAGAGAAGGUGGCCCAGCGGAUCCGGGGGGCCACAGACCUGCCCAAGAUCCCCAUACCGAGUGUGCCUACGUUCCAGCCCUCCACGCCCGUCCCUGAGCGCCUGGAAGCCGUGCAGCGCUACAUCAGGGAGCUGCAGUACAAUCACACAGGGACACAGUUCUUUGAAAUUAAGAAGAGCAGACCUCUGACAGGGCUGAUGGACCUGGCCAAGGAAAUGACCAAAGAGGCUCUGCCAAUCAAAUGCCUGGAAGCCGUGAUCCUGGGAAUUUACCUCACCAACAGCAUGCCCACCCUGGAGCGCUUCCCCAUCAGCUUCAAGACCUAUUUCUCAGGGAACUACUUCCGCCACAUCGUGCUGGGGGUGAACUUCGGCGGCCGCUACGGGGCACUGGGCAUGAGCCGGCGCGAGGACCUGAUGUACAAGCCGCCAGCCUUCCGCACGCUCAGCGACCUCGUGCUGGACUACGAGGCCGCCUACGGCCGCUGCUGGCACGUGCUCAAGAAGGUGAAGCUGGGCCAGUGCGUGUCCCACGACCCGCACAGCGUGGAGCAGAUCGAGUGGAAGCACUCUGUGCUCGACGUGGACAGGCUGGGCCGCGAGGACUUCCGCAAGGAGCUGGAGCGCCACGCCCGCGACAUGCGGCUCAAGAUUGGCAAAGGGACUGGCCCGCCCUCCCCCACCAAGGACCGGAAGAAGGACGUUUCGUCCCCACAGAGGGGCCAGUCCAGCCCCCACCGCAGGAACAGCCGCAGCGAAAGGCGGCCAUCGGGUGAGAAGAAACCUUCUGAGCCCAAAGCCAUGCCAGACCUCAAUGGGUACCAGAUUCGAGUGUGAGGCACGUGGCAGAGCCCAGCCUCACCGCUUCCGGGGGCUGGGAUCCGUCUCCCAGAACCAGCCGCAUUCAUGGGGAAGACGGGGCUGGGGAGCGGGCGGGGUGGGAGGCAGCAGGAAGAACCUGUCCCAGCUCAGCCCCGCAAGCCGCUGCCCCUCCUGCUGGGCCAAGCCCCCUAACUCUGGGCCAAGAAGCAGUUAGUGUUUUCUUUGGAGUUUCUAAUCCAAUAACUAAAGUUUAAGAGAUUUAGGGAAAACUUAAAACUAAUGGAUCUGCCAGUGGCCGGAAGGCCAGUGCUUAGGAGAUCUAAGUGCCACAAGGCUGGGCAGGGAGGGGUCUGCUGGCUCUGCUGGUGUCUCUCUGGGACUUGGGUCCAUCCUAUCUGUGGGGACUGUCCCAGCCCCACUAAGCCUGUGGCAGGAUGGGGGUGGGACGCGGGCAGAGGUGGAGGUGUUCCUCCAGUUGUCUGCCCUGGCAGAAUCUUCACCCAGGGAACGGGAAGCAGGGUCGAAACCAUCCUGGGAAAGGUCUGUGUGGCCGGUGUCAGGAGCUUGGCACUAGGCCACAUCUGCCCCAAGAGCAGAGUCCAUGGCCCAGGACGGCCCCGGGCCCUGUGGCCCAUGGACAGCACAGUGUGGGCUGUGGGAGAGCCCAACAGAGACCACUGGGGGAGGAGCUGCUGGGCCCAGAUCCUACCUAGUCUCCUUAUUUAGCCCAGCUCUGCUGGCUGCUGAAGCCGGGGGCUCCCUGGAGAGGGGCCAGGCCUUGCCCAAGGCCCAGAGUCAUCCUGGGCUCAGCAUGACUGUAGGGACUGAACGGCCUCGGUGGGUCCGGGCAGUGUGGCUGCGGAUAGAGUGAGAGACUCAGGCCCGGGGCUGUCCCCUGGCAGUCCUGUCCCUAAGGGCAUGGGGGCAGGGGAGGCACUGCUACUCCCCCCUUUCUAUUACCUCAGUCCUUGCUGUGAAAAUGAAGACCAGAUCGGGAUGCUUGCACUUCAUGCCUGUGUCCCCUCAUUUAGCAGCCUGUCCGGGCUUGGGGGUGCCACUUAUGAUCAGGCCUGUUGUGUGUGGCCUGUCAGGGAAGAACCUGAAUACCAGGAGUCCGCACAGUGUGCCUGGCAAGUGUGAGAUCCCCGGCAGGCAAGUGAGAGGUGGAAAGAAGUUGGCCACUUUGGGAGAAGGUUCUGGAAGCUCAGACGACAAGGUGGUGGUAGGACAAGGGUGCAGCUGACACCAUGGAGGAGCGGCGCCUGAGAACUGGGGAGCGUACGUGAGAAAAGGAUGUGGGGGAGAGUUUAGAAUCAGUUGCUUGGCGGAAUAGUGAGUUCUCUGUUGCUGGAAGUAUCCAAGCAAAGUCUGGAUGGCUACUUGUUGGGAAGCUGUAGAGAGGGUUCGGGUUAUGGAAGGGUAGCUGGAGGAAAGGACCAUUAACGUUUCAUUUCACAGAGAGACUCGGGUGCAGCCAGGGGCUGGAGCCUGGAGCAGGGGUGACCAGAACUAGAGUUGUAAACUCAGAUGCCCAGGGCGCCAGGCAGGGGGUUAAAAAGGAGCCAGCAGGGCUGGGUGGGCACUGUGGCAAACAAGAGACAGCACAUCCCAUUCGAGCGGCAGCUACUGCUCUGCGAGACUCAGCUGUGGGCCCUGCAUUACCAGACUGAUUUUUUUCCCCCCAAAAGCCAGAACUCUGAAUUUUUCUGUGAAAUAUCCUGAUUUUUAAAUGUUGGCAAUCAGUUCAGAAAAACGUACAAACCCAACAUGAAAGAGAAUGCCAGCGUGUAGUCUCUGAGGGAGAGUUUGUGCCGGGGAGAAGCCCCCUGAGAUGCUGUGAGGUGGAACUGGUGCAGAGCAGUACGAGGCUUCCCAGAGCAGGCUGGGCCCGGGGAAGGGUCCUCGUCGCUGAAGCUUCUCCCUGUAUGGGUCCCGGGGGAGGGAGGGGCAGCAGGGGGCAGCUGGCCCAGGUUUGUCCUCCUCAUGCUCUUUGCAGACCCCACCAGGAUCACCAGUGGUGGCAGAGUAGCGACGGUGCAGUUCCCAGCCUGCCAGGGAGAUGGAUGACACCUGAGAAGCAGAGAAAGAGGGAGGGAGACAGGAUGGCUUGGCUGAUGUGCCUGCCUGUCGGGGAAGCCCCAGGGGUUGGCAGCUCUUCACACCAGCAGCUCUGGCCCAGGGCCAGGCCCAGCAGGAGGGCCAGCUGGGCAGUCCCUUAGUCAGGAGCCACCGGGCCCUGGGGAGGGACCUAACCUACCCCUGGACUGUGGUCCCCAGCCAGACUAAUUCAAGGGCCAUCAUGACCCCUGUGACUCACAGUCCCACCCCCUCCCUGUUUUUAGGGAGUCGGGUACUGGUCCCCAUGUUCCCACAUUGACCUGAGGCAGGCGUGGCUCACUCUGGGAGGUGUGCAGCUGAAAGUGAAUGAGGCCUUUUCUAGGUCUAUGUGUGGGUGCCUCGUGCAAGCCACUUAGCAGCAGGGGAGGGACUCAGACUCCCCUGUGGACCCCAGGGCUGGAGGGAAGAGAGGUGAGAGGGGAUUAGGGUCAGGGAGACAGGAGGGAGUUGCUCAACCCACAGGCUCCUUCCCCAGAGCCCUCUGGGGAGACGGGCGUGAAAUGAGGCCCACCCCUGUUGCCUCCUGCAAGAGGGAGCUGAUCACCCUGAGCUGCUAUCCCCAGGAGCCCCUUCCUCGCUGAGACCUUGGGCCUGUGGGGGCUACCACAGGAUACAGUGGUGCUUUUUAAUUUAUUUUUAUUUUCUCCUAUGUAGCAACCCCUCCUCCCCUCCUGAGCAUGUUUACACAGGCUCUGCUCCCUGUGGCUGGCCUGACUGCAGUUUCUGGGGAGGCAGGGGCAGGGACUCCGGGGCCUUAGACACCAUCCUUGAUUUCACCUCAUCUACUUCCUGUGAGGAACAGGGGCCUGGCUCCUGACUCAGGACUGCCUUCCAUCACCCAGUGGGGGCUCCUCUGCCCCUAGGGGUGGGGCUGCUGGCCGAGGAGACCCCAAGGUGAGGUCAGAGAAAGCUGCUUCAUGAAGGUGGGUCGGGGUGGUGAGGACUGGUCCCCAAAGCCUCUCACCUUGUGCUUAGUGCCAGCUCUGAACACUGGGAAACUGGGUUUUGAGCGCCUUCCUGCACACCUAACUGCCAGUCCUCUCCCUCCCAUGGCCUCAACACAGUCAUGUUCCUCUCACCCAUCAUGCCAGACCCCAUUUUUCCUAGCUGUGGCCCAGUGGGGAGGGUAGCACCCCCCAGCCCGGGUGCCAUGAAGCCUAGGGCCAGGGUUCCAAGGAACAGAAAGGGCCCAGAGGUUGGCAGUGUCUGAUUUCUGGCUGUCUGCCAGCACACGCCCCAUUCCUUCCAGCUUGGACUUGACCUCCUGGCUCUGAGAUAGGAUCCAGUUCUGGUCAGCAGCAUACCUGGAGGCCCAUGUAUCUGUGUGCACCUGGGUCCCCUGCCUGAGUAGCUUUUCGGCUCCGAUGCAACACCACUCCCAGGCCCACCCUCUGGGCUUGAAGUAAAGUGCAAAGCUGGGCCAGCAUGUUGACCACCUUCUUUGCGCCAGAGCACCCCUGUGCUGCAGUCUUCACUUGUGUCUGCUGAGAAGCCAGCUGAAGGGUGGGUGGGUGUCUGGGGUGUGGGGUGAGAGGGUCCGGCCCCAGGCUGCCCCAGGCUGCUGUGGUGCUCGCUGCAGGCUCCACACCACAUCCUGGUGCUCCUGGGUCCCAAGCUCUCCUUUCUCUGGUGUGCUUGGCCCCAGGGGCCUGGUGAUGGGGGACUCCCCUCCCUUAAGCUUUGUGUUGGGCUGCCUGUGGGACCAGACUUUGUCCUUCCUGCUCUUCCCAUGUCAGUAUUGUUCCCUCCCCUCUCACUUUUAUUCCCCUCUCAUUGCUGUGCUCAGUUUUCUCCUGAAAUGAAUAAAGGCUCCCGGCUCCAGCUGCAGGGCUGGGCAGAAGCCACA